AUGAAGCAGGACAAGAUCACGGCCUCCCUGCGGGACGCCUUCUCCUCCUCGAGCGUGGAGCAGGCGCCCGGGCCGGCGGCCGCCUCGCCGGGGUCGGCCGGCCCGCCGGGCUCCCUGCCGCAGCAUGCCGAUGUCCUGGGCAGCCCGCCGGCGAGUGGGUCGGCCCCGGGGUCGGCCGGGUCGCAGGGUCCCCGGUCGGCGGAUGGUCCCCCGGGCCGGGGCCCGGCCCUCGGGCCGGGGCCUGCCACUUUGACGGACCCCGGCGCGGCGGCCGAUCUGCCGGAGCACUACGCCAGCCUGAACAUCGAGGCACAUCUGCUUGCCCUGGGCGAGCACCUGGCCAACAAUCAAACCCGCUCGGCCUUCAUCUCGGGGGCCAGCUGCUCGGUGUUUGUGCCGCGCGCCCGGCCGGCCGAGGGGGACCUGCCUGUGGCGGAGGCCCCCUCGCCGGCUGACGGGCCCCCCGCCGAGGCCGACAACGAGACGGACCCGGCGCCGGUGGUCCCGGCCCCGGCCACCGGGCGCCUUGAGCGUGGGUCAUCCUCGGAGCAGGUUCGCCCGCGCGGCGCCCCGGGCCCGGAGCCCUCCUCCGGCCUGCGGCAGGUUCCCGGCCUGGCCAUCUGCAUCUCCUCGAAUGUUGCUCUGUAUACGACCAAUCUAUUUGACUCGCUGAUCGGGCCGCUGGCCACGCAUCUCCAAUCGCCGGCGCUCCAGGUGUCCGACCUGCAGGUGUUUUCCAGCUUCCUGGACAUGCUGGAGGUCCUGCUGGCGGUGCCGGAAAAGUACUACGACUCGCAGGUGGUGCUGCUGGAUGCCCCUGGCGCCGGGGACAUCCCGGAGGCCCUGCCGCACUUGGACGGGCCGAAGGUGCCGGACUUGCUGCGGCAGCUGGUCCAGCGCGCGGAGGGGGCCGGGUCGGGUCCCGGCGGUGGGCAGGCCGCCCCGCAGGCCCCUUCGCCCUAUGUCCUGGACCAUGCGCUGGCGGCGGCCGACAUGACCCCCCGGACAGCACGCCUGGCCCUGCCCCUGGCCGGGAGCCUCCGCCAGCGGGGGCACCUGUACGAGUGGCUGCACUUCGGCCUGCGGGUGCUGCUGAAGUUGGACCUGGCCGCGCGGCCCGUGGCCGCCAUGAUGGACCUGUCGGUGGACCCGCUCGGGGGCUCGGCGGCCGAGGCCUCCCGGCCGGCCAGCCCCACUGACUCGAUCGAUGGGGAUGGCUUUGUGCUGGUCCCCUCGUCCCCGCUGGCCGGGGAGGCCGCCGGCGCCGUCGGGUCGGAUGGCAGCGGCAGCGGCAGCGGCAGUGGCAGCGGCAGCAGCAGCGGCCCGGGCAGCCCGCCCUCGCCGCGGCUCGGGUCCCCGCAUGCCGCCGGCCCCGUGCAGCAGCCCACCUCAUCGGUGUCGCCGUCGAUCACCCUGCCCACCUUUGUCCGGUCGCGCAGCGCCAGCAUGGCAGCGGUCGGGUCGCUGUCGGCCCGGGCCGUGGCCCUGGACCUGGACCCCGGGGCCGGCACCGGCCCGACCGGCAGCCCGGCCGUGGGGUCUCCCUCGCCGGUGACCUCGCUCUCGACGUCGGUCCUGCCGCUGGUCGCGGCCGGCGCGGCAUUGCAGCAGCAGCAGCAACUACAGCUGCUGCCGCCGCCGCCGCCCAGCCCGGGGGCCGAUGCCGGCGAGGGUCUCCCCCCGGUGGGCACCAUCGAGGGGCCGGCCCCGGCGGCCGUGCGGCAUCCGGUGGAUCGGCUGCGCUCGGCGCCCGCCUCGGCGGUCCCCUCGCCGGCCGCCUCGCCGCCACUGUCGCCGGAGCCGGCCCCGGCCCUGGACCCGAUGCCGGGCUCGGGCCUGGCCGGCACCGCCUCUCCCACGCCCUCGGUGGGGUCGGGCCGGUCGCGCACCUCCUCGCUGGCUCAGCUGCCGGCGCUGGUCAUCCCCCCGGCCGGGUCCCUGCUGGCCGAGGACCCGGGGCUGGCACACUUGCAGGCCCAGCGCCUGCGCACGGCGUCCAUGUCGGCGCCGGGCCCGAGCAGCCGGUCGCCCACACGCCUGGAUCCGGUGGCGGCGCGGCGCACACCAACCACGACUACGACGGCUGCUGCUGUCGGCGGCGGCGGCGGCGGCGGCGGGCCGGCCUCGGCCCCCGGCCCGGCCGGCACGCAUGUUCUCCUGCCGAGCGAGGCCGCGGCCCCGGGGCUGACGAAUGCCGCGCGCCAUGCCCGGGCCCUGGGCCAGCGCCUGGAGCGGGUUCUCCUGCGCCCGGUCCUGGCCGGCGGGCAGCCGGAGCUCGUGCGGCUGCUGCUGGAGCUGGCCCUCGGGGGGCGCCUGCCUGGGCUGGCGGGCCCGGCCGAGGCCGGCGGCCCCGGCAGCCUGGCCGGGUGGGAGCGUCGCCGGACGGCCCGAGCCCGGGCCCUGGCCCGGCGCCUCCUCCGGCAGGUGUCGCUCACCGGGUCGCAGGCGGCCGUGCGCGGGCUCUUCCUGGGGCUGGCCCAUCCGCUGGGCCGGCCGGCCUGCGCGGCCUUUCCCCGGCCGCUGCUGCUGGCCGCCGCCCUGGACGGCUCGAUGCAACUCAAGCAGACGCACAUUGCCCGGGCCCUGGCGCUGACAUCGCGCUCGGUGGCCGGCGGCCAUGCCUCGCUGGCGGCCCUGCGCGAGGGGGGCAGCGCGCUGCUCCUGGCGCAGGACCCCCCGGGGCGGGAGGCCGGGCCCGGGUCGGCAGCCGGCCCGUCUCCGCUGCCGCUGCCGCCGCCGCCGCCGCCGCCGGAGAAUUUGCUUCCCCUGCUGGAGGCGUGGGCCGAGGCGCAGAACCCGGCCACGUUGUCCGGCUCGCUGCCGUACCUGGGCGAGCUGGCCGGGGCAUGGGCCGUGCCCGAGCGCCGGCUGCCCGCGGCCGAACUCCUGGCCGAGCAGAUGUACAAUUGCGAAAGCAAGCUCCACGUGCUGGCGGAGGUGCCACUGCUGGAUGCCCUGCUGACGAGCAUGCUGCGGGACCGGUCGCCGGAGCUGUUUGCCGCGGCCCUCCGGGCGCUGGUCAUGUGCCUGCCGCGGGUGGUGGCCUUCUCGGAGUGCCGGCUCCCGGCGCUCUUCGGGGUGCUGCUGUGCGCGGCUGACUGGCUCCGGUGCUUGAACCGGGUGCUCUUGCGGUUGGAGUUGGCCCUGGCCGCCGGGACCGGGCAGGGCGACCUGCCGGGGGCCGGGGCGGCCACCGGGGCCGGGGCGGCCUCGCCGGCCGGCGGCCCGGUCUCCGGGCCGGUCUCCGGAUCGGCCCCCGGCCCCGGGCCCACGCCGGGCCGCGGCCUCCCCCUCAGUCGCUUUGCCACCAAGAUGCAGCAGCGCCUGGCGGGUGCGGCGGCCCCGGCGUCCGGUGUCGGUGGCACCGGCAGCGCUGGCCCCUCCGGCGGGCCGGGCCCCGGGCCGGAGGACGACCGCGCGGCUCCGGGGCUUCCCACGUCGCCGGGGCUGCCGCCGGGCGAAUUGGCCGGGCUCCUGCCGCCGGAUCGCUUUGCCCUGGUGGCCUCCUUCCUGUCGGGGCUGCCCCAGCGUGCCGGCGGGGGCGGCGGCGGUGGCGGUGGCAUGGGGCCGUUGCCGGCGCACGCCCGGCAGCCAGCCGCCGUGGCCGUGUGCCGCGGCUACUGGACCCGGCCGUGGGACACCUUCGCCCCGGUGGCACACUUGACCCCGGACAUCGUGGUGCCGGUGCUGCCGCUUCCGGAGGCCGGGCCGGACGGGCCACGGGCCGCGGCGGCCCGGGUGUGGGCCGCCCACCAGCAGGUGUCCCAGCUCCGAGGCCAGAUCGACUCGGCCCUCGGGCCCUUCCUCUCGCUGCUGUAUACCCUCUGCCCGAUGCAUGUGUUUGAGCUGAUGCGCGGCCUGGCCGUGUACACGGAGCAGCCGGUGGCCCAGGCCCUGGGCCCGGGCCGGGCACACUCGCGGGCCCAGUCGGCCGACCUGGCCGGCGGCGGCCUCGAUCUGACCGCCACGCCGGAUGAGGCCCUGCUGCUGGAUGUCGGCCACUCGCCGGAGGAUGACCACCUGGUCAAGUAUCUGAUGUCGCACCUGGCCCGGCUCCCCUUGCACCCCCACCUAUUCAUGGGGUAUGUUUCGGUCGGGUCGGUCUGCCAGUACGAGUCGUCGACGGCCCGGCUGUCACGCAUCGACCCGGAUGACCUGGUCCCUCGGUUCUCGGAGGCCAGCCUGGAGCUGGACAGCCAGGCGCCGGAAUUGUCGCUGCGCGCGCUGCAACUGCUCCCCCCGGCCGAGGAGGAUGAGGAAGCCCGUGCCGAGGCGGGCACCGCUCCCGGCGGGACACCGGGGCAGUCGCAGCCGCCGCCGCCGCCGUCGCAGCAGCAGCAGCAGCCGACAGACCUGCCGGCCCAGCCCCCUCCGCCUCGGCUGGCUCUCCUGCGCAGCGAGCUGCUCUUCGAGCGGUCCAUGCGCGAACGCCUGACGGCCCAGCUGCGCCAGGUGCAGAAUGACUCGCUGCAUCGGACCUCCUCCAGCCUGGCCAUCCUGGCCACGACCAAGUCCAUUCUCGGGUCGGCGCGAUCGGCCAUGUCGGCCGCGGCGCUGGCCGCGUCGCAGGGGGUCGUCGACCCCGGGGCCGAGGAGUCGGCCGGGGCUGGCAGCGGCGUCGGUGGCGCUGGCGCCGGCGGCCCGGCCGCCGGGUCCGCCGCGGCCCCCCUGCGAAGUCUGCUCUUCCCGCCGACGGCCGGCGCCGGGCCGCAAUUGCUGGCCAUCCCGCACGAUGCGGCCUCCUCGUCGCUGGUGUCGGCGCACGAGCGGUCGGAGGCCCUGUUCGAGCAGAACCUGCGCCUGGCUUCGGCCUUGCGGUCGGCCGAGGCGGCCGCCGCGCAGGCUCGCGCUGACAUUUUGUCCGUCCGCCGGACGCGCGAGCUGUGGGAAUCGUCGUUGCGCUCGCGGGUGGCGCGCUUCCGAGAUGAGGCCCGCCUGUCGACCGAGCGGGCGGAGGCGGCCGACUCGGCUUGCGCCGCGGCCACCGCGCGCGCCCUCCGCGCCCAGCGCAAGAUCGAUGCCCUGGAGCGUGCGCUGCUGGCCGUGCAGGCGAAUUUGGCCGGGUCCCCGGGGGCCGGGGAUGCGCCCUUCCGCGCUGAGGCCGGGCUGCCGGCCAGCCUGCCCGAGGGUGGCUCGCCGCCCGAGCCCCCGGCCAUGACGGCCGAUGCCCCCGACGAGCCCGAGGGCCCGACGGUGGCCGAGCUCCAAAGCCAGCUGCAGGCCCUGCAGCUGCAGCUCCAGCAGCGGGACAUCGAGAAUCACACCCUCCAGCAGCAGGCCGCCCAGAUGGAGCGGACCAUCCGGCGCCUGGACCGGGACCUUGCCCAGUCGCAGCAUGCGGCCGCCUUCGCCGGUGAUCAGCUGGCCCGGGCGGCCCUGCAGCAUGGCAGCAGCGAGUCGCUCCUGCGCCAGCAGGUGGACAUGUUGGAGGCGCGCUUGCGCUUGCAAGACCGCGCACUACGGUCCUCGCGCGCGGUCAAUGUCCAACUCCGGGAACGCUGCCUCGUCCUGAUGGGGCAGAAUGACUUCCUGUCGGCGCGGGCCCCCGGGCCGGGCAGCCUGGCCGCGGGCCCGGCAUCUCGUGCCCCUGCGAUGGGGGCGGCCCCCUCGGCCGGCCUGGCCGCCGGGCCGUCGGCGCUGGCGGCCCUCGCCAUGCCGGACCCCCAUGGCCAGGAGUCGGUCCUGAUGAUGCCCUCCAGCUCGCUGAUGCCGGAGAGCCACCUGAGUGCGAUGCUGGCGUCGCGACCGGCGGCCGGGGCCGGGGCCGCCAUCGGCCAAGCCCGGGCGGCUGGUCCACUCGGGGCCGCCGACGCCACCGCCGCCGGCCGAGGGUCGGACUACAUCGACGUGUCGGAGUCCUUCUGGGACCGUCCCUUCGCCCUGGUCAAUGGCGGCGGGCCGGCCGGCCGGGCGGACGCCCGGCCGCCGCUGCCGACCCCGCACGCCGGGCCGGAGGCCCCGCCGCUGGCCUUCAGCCGGCAGGCCCCGCGCCCGGUGACCAUCGCCAGCGGGCGCACCUCCCCGGAUGAUGACCCGGCCGAGGCGGCCUGGCGCGACCUGCACCAGCUGCCCAGCGAUCAGAGCAUCGGCAGCAUGGACCCGGGGUCGGCGCUGCUGCGGGCCUUCGGCAGCGCCAGCGCCGGGCCCAGUCCCAGCCCCGGCGACAUGCAGCUAUUUGCCGGGGCCGGGCCCGGGCCCGGGGGCAGCCCGGCCGACGGGGGGGCGACCCUGCCCCUGGCCGGCACCACCCCGACCGCCGGGCGCCCGGGCGCGGCCGGCACCGCCGCCGCCGCCGCCAUCGGCCCGCACCAGGUGGCCUUCUCGCCGGCCUCGCCGGCCUUCGUGUCGGAAUUCAUGGACAGCCCGGCCCGGCCGGCGGCGGGCCGCGGCGCGGGCCCAAGGAAACGCUGAUCCGUUGGCAGUCGCCCGGCAUGGCGCCGGUCCCCGGGGCGGCCGCGGCCGGCGCGAUCUCGAUUGCGCCCGGCGGCGUCGCCGCGCGUCCCGGGUCUGGCUCCUCAUCGCCCCCCGGGGGGGGGCCGCCCCUUCACAUACCCUCUGUCUGCUCGCUCGGGCGUCGCCGGCCUGCGUCCGUCCUCGCCGCCGCUCUGCGGCUCCCCCGCCCAGGGGGGCGGGCGGAACGGCGGCGCCGGUGUGCCAAUAGAUUUUUCUCGCCCA